AUCUUGUAUAAACAGGUAGACGUUAUUGUUAAUUCAACAAACAGCGAGCUCAAUCUUCGAAUUGGUAGACUUUCAAAGGCUAUUGUAAAAGACGGCGGUGAUGAAAUAGAAUCCAAACUCGAGGAAUUAUAUCCAAAUGGUAUUUUGCCGGGCGAAAUUGCUGAAUCAAAAGCUGGAAAUUUGAAAUGUAAAGCAAUUUAUCACGGAGUUCUUGUAGAUUGGGACAAUGGCCAAGGUCAUGCAGAAAUGGUACUGAAUUGCUUCGUUCAAAGUUGUCUUUCUUCUGCUAUGAAGAAACGUUAUAAAUCUAUAGCUUUCCCAGUACUUGCAACAGGAACACAUUCUUUCCCGCCUCAACGUGUUGCAAAAAUAAUGGUUAAAGCCAUUGAAGAAUUUGGCGAAGAGAAUCCUGUACAUACCUUUGAAACUGUUCGUAUAGUAAUACAACCAGAAGAUGAACAAGCACUAAAAGCAUUUGAAGAAUACAAGACACCAUACGAUCGCAAGGCAAUGGUUUCCCAACUGUCUAUGAUACACAGCAGACAACGUUGUAUACGGGAGAGUGUGUUUAUAAAAAGCACUGGUCCAUACUUUACAACAAAGAUUGGCCAUGUGACCGUUAGUAUACAGCAAGGGGACAUAACUAAGGCCGACACAGCCGUUAUUGUGAACAGCGUUUCAUCAGAUCUAAAUUUAGAUACCGGAGAGAUUUCCAAAUCAAUUUUGAGAGCCGCUGGAAGAACCAUUCAGUUCCAAGCGUACGGACUCCUCGAAACAUUCAAGAAGGAAGAUUUAGUGACAACAAGUUCUGGGAGUUUAAUAUGUCAGAAGAUAAUACAUGUACGUGCCAGAAACGGUUUCGAGGGAUGGAAAAGAACUUUUGUCAAAAGCCUUGCUGAAGUAGAACGUUUAAAGUUAAGUUCAGUAUCAUUUCCUGCCAUGGGUACAGGUGGCAAAGGAUUUCCUGUCAGCGAAAUGGCCAGAACAAUGAUAAGCGCAUUUCAAAAAUACAUUCGCGGCGACAGUUACCAGGGAUGCCUAAAAAGUAUCAAGAUUGUGGUAUACGAUGCUGAAAUGGAAGACAUAUUCACGAAGGAAGCAAAAUCUGCUCUUAAAGCAGCUAAGCGAAUGUCAUUUUUGUCUAAGUUCUGGGAAACCAAAUCUACAGAUCAAACCGACCUCUCGAGAAUGGUGUUUCAUAUAUACACAGAUACUGCUGAUUCAGCAAUAAACGUGAAGAAAAGAAUAGACAACCUAUGUGAAGAAAUAAGUCAAUCGUAAUCACAUGAGCCAACUUGUUUUGAUAUCUCAAGGGUAAUUGUGAUCCAAGUUCCAACAUCAGAGCAAUUAACCAUUCUGUAUUAGUGUUCUCAUACAUACAGUAGCCUGUAUUUUGUUUAGUAUAAUCUUAUACAAUGUAUCAUUUUAUCAUUUUAAGUGACAUUUUAGAUUAAUUAAUUGAUCAUAGUUUGUAAUUCAACGCUAUUGCUUAAGGUAAUUACUAGCCGCAUUUAUGUCUUAACUUCCAUGACUUUUACUUUCUGUUCAUAUAUAUUUUAUAAUACAUUUAUUAAAUUUUUAUCAAACUAUUAUGUCCUUUUAAAGGGAUACUCAGGCAAAUAAUGACAAAAUUAUUAAAAUGAUCUUAUUGUCUCAAAUCAUGCUAAAAUGAUAUUUUCUGAAGCCCCGUCGGGAAUUUCUGUAUAAAUUCUAUAUUUUUGGGGGUUUGAAGCGUAAAUAUAUCUAUAAUUAUUUACGAAAUUUAGCCGCCGACAGAAUCACUGAGUAGUUUUAAAACAAGUCAUGUGACUUGAACAAAGCCUAGAGGUUACAAUAAUAGAUAUUAUAAAUAUUGUAUGAUUGAAACAAGCCUAAGCCAUUCAUUUGACAUGUUCUUUAAGGUUUCCAGAGUUCACUUUGUCAACUAUUGUAAAAUUUUAACGCUCAAAUGGGUAAAGUUAGGAAACCAUCAUUUUAUUCUUUACUAUGAGUAAAGUUUUGUUGGUGUGACGACUGCCUAGUGUAUUCAUUUUGAGGACAUUUACAGAAUAACGAAUGAAAAGUUCAAACGAAGAAAUGAAAAUUUUGCCUGUGUCUUCCUUUAAACAGGGGCUAUAUAUCAAACACUUAUAUGAUUUUCAUUUUAAAUUAAUAAUCUUAUCUGAUUCCCAAGUGUAUGGUUACGUAGUAUAAUACUUACUAGGAUUCACAUUUUUACCAGAUAUAUUUCUUCCUAUUAUCACUAUAAACAAUUGCAAUUUGACAAAAGUUGAAGGCACAUUGUCAUUUAACGGGUAACCGAUUCAUCUGAGUAAAACACUAUUACAGUCACUAGAAGAUUAUAAUUCUGUCAAUAAUAUUCAAGAAGCCGGUUACUGUUUUACUAUUGGUAUAGAUUUUUAUAUAGUACUUAUGUUAUAUUCAACCAGCAUUAGUUGCCAGUUAUCGAAGAUCUAAAACAUUUCGCUUUAUAUGAGUUGCUAAUAAUAUGAUAAAUUGUCAAACGAUUUGCAUAACUCUCCGUUUUUUUCAUAUGUAUAUAUAAUUAUAUAUUUUCCUGAUAUAUAGAUAAUAUGAGCUUAAAUUGUUAUUGAUAAUUUGUAAAUUGUAAAGUCAUGUCCCAGUAUAUAGUUUCUAUUGUACUUUUUUAAAAUCGUCUAUUCUUCUAUAAAUACAUGUAUAUAUAAGUUGAUUAUUACCACUUUCUACACAAGAAGCGUGAAAUACUGAUACCCCUAAAGGGACUUGUAUAUGUUAUGCGCACAUGUUGUUACAAAAUGUAAUCUCGUAAUCUGCGCUUCUUCAAUAUUUUGUUCUGUUCUUCUUAAAGCAAAAGACUCAAGGUUUUAAAUGGUGAAUUAACAUUAAAUAUCAACUUAAUCGAGCCUAACACAAACAUUCAAUAUUUUGUAACAUUUUCCAUUUUGGGUCUCACUUGUGAUAGGAAUACUUAUACUAUAUAAGUACAUGUUUUGUACUGGUAUUGUAGAUUUCUGUCCUUUAGAAUAUUUCUUCUGAGCAAGCUAUCAAGCAAGCUUACGGAAGAUGGGUGUUUUCUACUCAGGUACCAGGCUAGAAACCUUCUUCAACAAAUAAUCAUGUCAAACGAGUAUUUUCAAUGAAAUAUCGACUACGUAUUCGCUCUCAUGGAACAAUUUUAACAUUAUAAGUAUACAUAUAUUUUUUGUUCAUUUAAAAGAAUGUUCUAAAAUGUUUUAAUCAAAUUGCAUUUGUUUUGAAAAUGUUUUACAUUUAAAGUGAUUCCAUUCCAUAGUAAUGUGUUAAACUUAGUAUGUUUGUUUCUCUGAAAGGCGAAUUUGUGCUUCAUUGUAUUUGGAGCAAGUAAUGUCCUUUUUCACACGGAAAAAGCAACAUACCACAUAAAAUGUGCCAUAAAAAUAAAAGCAUCGUUGUCGCUUGGGGCACUUUUCAAUAUCUUCCAUGAAACACAACCAAUCUGUGAAUAUUUUUCAUUGCUCUCGAAGGUUUUUAAUUAAUUUAUACUCAUGGCAGCAGACGAAAAAUCUUUGUUUGACAUUUGUAAAAUGUAGUCCCGUAUUUCUCCUCUGUUGUUAUAUUUUUUGUAUUAUUUGAACAUACUUAUUCAAAAUUAAAUCGAUUCUGAAAUUGUCAA